AGAUUGGAGGGAACGGAAAAGAGGGAACUGCCGCACUGGGGAGUAACAGAACACAGAAGCAAAGAAACCCUAAUCGCCAUGGACAGGAUCAGCGACCUGCCGGAUUGUAUACUCUUACACAUCCUUUCCUUCCUCCCUACCAAAACCGCCUUCUUCACCACCGUCCUCUCUCGCCGAUGGACCCGCCUCUGCCACGACCUCCAACACUUCGAGUUCAACCAAAUUCAAUUUCAUAACGGCAACCAAACUUCGUCAGACUUCAGUAGUUCACGAGAGCGAUUGUUCGCCAUCGUUAGUAGGAUUCUCUUCCGCCACAAAGCGCCGCCAAUUCGAACCUUUCGUCUCACCUGUGACCUACAUCAAUUCGAUGAAUACCCUGUGGAGUGGUUCAUUAGAAAGGUUUUAGGGCCAAACCUCGAGGAAUUGAACCUCCAACUCGCCUUCGUCUGUCGCUCCAAUCGUAAAGUCGUUAUUCCCAAUGGCGUUUUCAGCUGCACUUCCCUCGUGACUCUCCGUUUAAACGGCGACAUAAAAAUCCCUUCGCCGCCUUCAUCGUCGUGCCAUUAUCACUUGCCAUCACUCAAGACACUGCAAUUGUAUAAUGUCGAAACCUAUAAUGUUGGUGAGUUGGAGGAGAUUCUCUCUCACUGCACUGCUCUUGAGACUCUUAUUCUUGACUUAAUCGUUCGAUCACGCAUGGGCCAAGGCCAAUUGAGAAUUUGUUUACCUUUUUUGAAGAGUUUGCACUUCGAAUCUUGUUUUUGGAACCCUCUUGGAUUGUUUGUUAUAGACACACCAUCUCUUAAACGUCUUGAUAUCCAAGCUGUGUCAGGGUUUCGCGAGAUCCGUGUUCGCAACUUGCACAAUGUGGAGGAAGCCCGUAUCAACAUUGCUAAGCAAUCCUUUGUUCUCGAGUUUCUUGUGGAGCUUUGCAGGAUAAGGAUUUUGGUGCUGCGUUUAUUAGUGUUUGAUUGUUUACCUGAUGCUCCUCUGCACCGUAUUCCGGAGUUUACCUGUUUACAGAGGCUAGAGCUUACUGUUAGGUGUUUCGACACCAGAUACAUAAUGGAUAUGCUUCAGAAAUGUCCCAUGCUUAAACUUCUUGCUAUUAUUUUUAACGCUGGCCCUUAUGAUAAGGUAUUCAUGUUCUCAUGUUCAAGCUAUGGUUUAUUUAACUUCGUUAUUUUGCUGGCUAUUCUUUUAGGUGUAUUUGUUCUUUGUUCCUAGGAUCCACUUCUGUCACGAAAAUGAACACCCAGUCAAGGUUCCUACUUGUCUUGCAUCACAUCUGAAAGUGAUUAAAAUCAAGAGAUAUUUUGAAUCCAGAGAUGAUAGAGAUUUUUUCGCCUAUGUUCUUCAACAUGGACUUGUUUUGGAGUCACUUGAUAUUCAGGUGGAUCGUGCGAGAGCUAAACGAUUUCCAGAAGAAUUAUCCCUUUUGCCAAGGAGAUCCAAGGUGUGCCAAAUUAAGGUUUGCUGGAAUCAGGUACCAUAUGUUUUGUUUUCUUUACCAUUAUGUGUACGUAUCCCACUAAUUAUAAAUACAAAUAACACAAUUCAUCCGACAUUGAGGUACCUUGCAGUGAAUUCUCCUUUCAAAAUCGGUCUUUUUUUUUUGUGCCGUUUUUAUUGCUGAAUUUUUCAGAGACAACUAUUGUAGUUUGAGUAGA